CGCGUCUAGGCCUGUAAACGACCGACCGAACUUUUCCGUAAAGAUUUUUGGGUUUUCCUCGCCUCGUUACGAUUUUCCCAUCCGUGUGCACCGGUGGGAUUUCUGUUUUCCCACUCCAGCAGCCGUUGAUUGGAAAAUCGCAACACCGGCCUCCCCAGGAACCCGAAAUCGAAAUCUUUACCAGCGAGAGCGCGAGUAACAGCAGAAAAUCGCGUGAUUCGUUAGUGAAACAUUCCCCGGCCGCUGGAUAAACUGCGCCUGGCCGCGCCGAGAGUGAGAAACCCGUGUGCUUUACCGACCCUGCUUGUGAAGUGGAAAAGUCUUCCGUCGAUUCCACGAUCCGGUCCAGGAAUCCCGGCCAAGUAAACAUUCAACAACAAGCUGGAGAACGCAGCAAGCGAGCAAUAUUGAAGACAGCAUCAGCGGUGGUAUCCAAUAACGACGACGCGCACAAGAUGGUCAACACACCGUACAUAAUCAACGAAAUUUAUGACAUUCUGCAGAAGUCAACACCGUUCGAGCUGACACUGGAAGCACUGUUAGCGCUCGGUGUGAUCUGGAUAGUGUUAUACAAGCGGACGACCAAAAAACCCAAAUCGAUCGCCAGCUGCAACGAAGAGAAUGCACUAUCAAAGUGGGUUCCUGAACCACUAGUUUCCGAGGUACCGGAUGAUCAUCCCGCGCUACGCACUCGAACCGUGAACGGUACGGUUGGGAAACGGGUGAACGUUGAUGGUACGGACUGUCUGAAUCUGGCGACGCACAACUACCUGGGUUUGGCGGAGGAUGAAGAUAUCCGACAGGCGGCCGUCAAGAGCUUGCGCAAGUACGGGGUCGGUUCUUGUGGACCGCGAGGGUUUUACGGUACGGUCGAUGUCCACCUGGAGCUGGAAGAGCGAUUGGCCAAGUUCAUGGCGGUCGAGGAAGCAGUCGUUUAUUCGUACGCCUUUUCAACCAUUGCCAGUGCCAUCCCGGCGUACUCGAAGCGAAAUGAUCUGAUUUUUGUGGAUGAAUGUGUGAACUUUGCCAUUCAAAAGGGGUUGGAUGCUUCACGGAGCAAAAUCUUCUUCUACAAGCACAACGACAUGGAGGAUCUCGAGCGAUUGCUGCAGAAACAGGAAGCCGAAGAUCUACGUAGACCGGCGAAGGCGAAGAAAACUCGCCGCUUUUUGGUGGCCGAAGCCAUUUACAUGAACACGGGAGAGAUGUGCCCAUUGCCGCGGCUCGUAGAGCUCCGAGCACGUUAUAAGCUGCGACUGUUUCUGGAUGAAAGCUUAUCGUUCGGUGUGCUGGGUGCCAGUGGCCGGGGUCUUAUCGAGCAUUUUAAUGUGGAUAAAACGGAGGUUGAUCUAGUGUCAGCAGGGCUGGAAUGGUCAGCGGGAACUAUUGGUGGUUUCUGUGCCGGUUCGUCAUUUAUUGUUGAACACCAGCGACUAUCGGGUCUCGGCUAUUGCUUUUCAGCCUCUCUGCCACCGUUGCUUGCUCAGGCAGCAAUCAGCGCACUGGACCGUUUCGAGCAAGAUCCUAGGAUAUUCGAAGAGCUGCGCGAUCGCAGCCGAUUAGUAACUGAUAAAUUACCCACACUAAGUCAUUUCCAGUCGAGAGGAGAUCCAUUGUCCCCAGUAAAGCAUCUAUAUCUGAAGAGUGCACGCGAAAGCUGGACGGUUGAGAAAGCGUUACUGGAUAAAAUUUGCAAUGAGUGUAUUGGAAACGGGCUUGCGGUGAUCGCGGCUGAAUAUCUGGAAGCGAUGGAAAAACAAUGCCCCCGACCGAGCAUUCGGUUGGCCGUGAGCCGUUUAUUGACGGAGCAGGAAAUUGAUGAUGCAUUCCGGAUUCUGCAGCGAGCUUCCGAAAAAGUUCUUGCCGUUGCCGGUUAGGCGUUCGUUUGGAAGGGUGUAAACAGGUAACGGAAUUAUUACUAUCACCGGAUUUCUACUAUCAACGGCUAGUAUCAUGCGCUUGAAGUCAGUGAAAGCCGGCCGUUUCUGUGUAAAACAAAAAAAAGAGAAAGAUCUUUCAAUACUAGCAAAAUAAGCCAGUAAAUUAUCCGCAUUGUUUUUGUUUCGUGCGAUACUUUGACGAGAAGAAAGGAACUUGAUUUUUGUAUCUGUGCUGAAUGCAGCACCAGCCAUCAGUACGAGGUUUUCACAGGACAUAAUAGAGGGUAAGGGGAGAGGUAAAAGAACAACGGACAUUACGAUACUAGGGCAUAAAAAUAAAGUAUUGCAAUGUUUACCUUUACUAUAGCCCGGAGAUAGCACCCAGCUUGAUACUUCCGUGCUCAUUUUCAGCAGUGCACUUGUUGUUAAUGUUAGUUUUCAAUUUAUCUUCCCUUCAGUUUAUGAUUUGGUUAGUUUUCUACGAAUGUGCAGAUUCCCUUUAAGUAGUGGCUCCUCUUCCUCUUUUGUUUUGUCGUUCAUUUGAUUGCUGGCUUGUAGCACUUGUACUAGCACAACCGAGUGAACGUAGAUUACGGGUAGGCAUUUUUAUGUUACUUUUUUCGAAAUAAAAAAAGGGAAGCUUCACACUUCAUGUAGAAGACCAUUGCAGUACUCAGGAUGAGCAAUGAUUAAAACAAGAAGCUUGGACAUAGCGUCCUUCUCGACAAAUGAAGAGACGCCGCAUUUUGUAUGUACAAAGAACGUAAAAGUCAGCUUAAUUCAGUAUAAAUUUAUAACUUUACGAUAAAACAUGAUGCGUGCUUUAGGCUUUAGAUAGCUAGGGACGGCUUGGUAUAAGAAUAGGGACCCGAUCGAGCGGUAGUACCAGAUGACGACUUAGCAAGUAUUACUAGUUACGGUGAGCAAGUGAGAAAGGGAUGGAAACUCGUUUCUUGCGCGUGUGAAGCAACACGAGAGUACAGUGACCAUCAUUCGGUAUGGCAAACCGACAAACCAACGGACAAAUAAAACCAAAUUUUAGGUACGAUACAAUGCAGCAAAGCAGUAGUAGGAACGUGCGUAGAGGUAGAGAGCGAGAGAGAACCAAAUGCAAAUGUCACACGUUGCGUUUUGAAAGCAACUAGAGAAAGGGCCUUAUAAGCUUCAGAAGCAACUUUGUCACUUUAGGAGCGCAUAAUAGCGGAACAGUGCAUGUCUCGUCAUAUAUUUAUCACCGUUACCCGGCAUUUAAUGUAUUUAACUAUUUGGAUUCCUCGUCGAUAUCUUUUCUCUUGUUUUGCUUAACAUCAUCAACCAUUCCCACACAACAACGCAAAUAGUUUUUGCAGUGCCAGUGCUCCUCUCUUGUCGUAGGUGUGUUAAGCUACCACAAGGAAGGAGAUGAACGUUUUCAAAUCGAUGAGAAUAUGACGGGAAGCGCAAGGUGUACAUCAUAUUAUGUGUUCUUCGGUUAGGAACAGAGGGGAGAGGGGGGGCGUUUGGGACAAUCUUUGGUUUGCGCGGUAUCAUUUCGUAUAGAAUGUUCAGUCAUUUUGCGUGUGCAUGUACAGUGGUAAAAGAGCUGAAAUGAAUAGGAUAAAUAAAACGGAAACGCUUCAUGAAACGCACA